GGCGCGGUGCACGCUGGGAUAUUUAAGUCUUCUCCGCGGCGCGGAGCCGCGAUGUCUCCGGCGGCUGCAGCAGCUGGAGGAGGCGAGCGGCGGCGGCCCAUAGCGAGUGCCAGGGACGGCCGUCUCCGUGGUCGCGGCUGCGGCGGGCCGGCCGGGACGGCGGUGCUCGGCCUGUCGCUGCUUGGCCUCGUGCUGUACCUGGUGCCCGCGGCGGCGGCGCUGGCCUGGCUGGCCGUGGGGGCUACCGCGGCCUGGUGGGGACUGAGUCGCGAGCCCCGAGGUUCGCGCGCCCUGUCCUCGUUCGUGCGGAACGCGCGGCGCCACCGAGCGUUGCUCGCCUCGCCUCCGGCCAAGUCGGCAGUGAACGGAAGCCUCUUAGAGCCGAGGACCCCGCUAGAAGGACCCGACCCCGCCGAGCUGCUCCUUAUGGGCAGUUACCUGGGCAAGCCUGGCCCGCCGCAGCCCACCCCCGCGCUGGAGCGCAGGGACUCGCGGGAGAGGCCCGGCCUCCCGCAGCCCGCCCGCACCCCAGCGCCCGCCCCCGCCGCCCGGCGCGCCCACCACGUUUACCCCUCUCUCCCCACCCCUCUCCACCGACCUUCCCGGAGGCCUUCCCACCGGGAUUACGGGACUUUGUCCAGUCGGUUUGUAAUAACACCUCGAAGACGUUAUCCCAUCCAGCAAGCCCAGUAUUCCUUACUGGGGGUCUUGCCCACAGUGUGCUGGAAUGGUUGUCAUAAGAAGCCGGUGCUGUCUGCUCGAAACUCAAGGAUGGUGUGUAGCCCAGUGACUGUGAGGAUUGCACCUCCAGACAGCAAACCAUCGCAGGCUGCAAUGCCCGAGCAGAUAAUCAACUCAGCACUGUCCUCACCAUCAAGUAAUACCCCAGACCCAUGUUCAAAGGAGACGGUACUGAAUGCCCUCAGAGAGCGGAGGAAAAGGACAGUGGAGGAAGAAGACCAAAUAUUCGUUGAUGGCCAGGAAAAUAAAAGAAGGCGCCACGAUAGCAGUGGAAGUGGACAUUCGGCAUUUGAGCCCCUGGUGGCCAAUGGAGUCCCCGCAUCUUUUGUGCCUAAGCCUGGGACCUUGAAGCGAGGUCUUACUUCCCAGAAUUCAGAUGACCACUUGAAUAAGCGCUCACGUACAUCUUCUGUGAGCUCCUUGACAAGCACAUGCACAGGUGGUAUCCUCAGUUCCAGCCGAAACGCCAUCACCAGCUCCUAUAGCUCCACCCGAGGCCUCACACAGCUGCGGAAGAGGAGUGGACCCCCUUCCUCGCCCUUCUCUAGCCCUGCCUCCUCCCGCUCCCAGACCCCAGAGAGGCCAGCCAAGAAGACAAGAGAAGAGGAGGCGUGUCAUCAUGCCAGUUCUUCGACUCCACUGGUGACAGACAAGGAGUCCCAGGGAGAAAGGGUUGCGGAGACAACCACCUGCAAACAGCAGAGCUUGUGGACGUCCCCAUCUCCACCUGGCAGCUCUGGGCGGCGGAAACGCAAGAUUCAGCUGCUGCCCUGCAGGCGAGGGGACCGGCUGACACUGCCUCCCCCGCCCGAGCUCGGCUAUUCCGUCACUGCGGAAGACCUGGACCUGGAGAAGAAGGCUUCACUGCAGUUUUUCAACAAAGUCUUGGAGGACAAAGCCAAUGCUGCCUCAAACUCCAUCACUGAGAGCCCGGUCAGCACGCCGCCUUCGUUCACUUUCUCCCUGCCUGCGGCGGUGCCUGCAUCCUCCUCAGCAGCAUCCCUGCCAGCGCCGGGCACAAACCCCCUGCUGGAGAGCUUGAAGAACAUGCAGAGAGCCCCGGGCUCUCCGUCCUUCCCAGAACCUGCUGCAGUGGUGGCCUGUGUGGCCCCUACACCUCCGAAAACACCCAGCCUCUUGGCGCCUCUUGCUUCUUCCCUGUCAGGACCCCUGCCAGCCACCUCUUCUGACACGAAACCCACAGCCACCCUCCUGGCCCCGGCCCCUGCUGUCUCUACAGCCCCAGCCACCGACACCAAGCCACCUGCAGCCCCUCAGGCUGAGACACCUGCCAAGGCCCCCGCAUCCCCGGGCCCGGCUCCUGCGCCCAAGCAGAGCACACCGUUUGAGAUGCUGAGCCCCCCGCCUUCCAGCCCUGCCACCCCUGCCGCUGCACCCAGCCCGUCUUCCGCUUCUCCCAUGUUCAAGCCCAUUUUUGAGCCACCACCUAAAGUCGAGAGUGAAGGCCCCUUGCCGUCUGGCUCCUCCCUGGCAGCCACCGCCACCUCCAGCGCCACCCUCCCCACCACGACCAGCACUGCGACCCCGACCUUCAAGCCCAUCUUUGGCAGCUUGGGGCAGCCUGCAUCCCUGCCCUUGUCAGCUCCGUUCUUUAAGGCCACAGCUGCUCCGGUCCCUGCUGCAGCCACAGCCACCCCUGCCUUCCCUCCCCUGGCUACUGCCACCUCCACGGUGGCUUCUGUCACCACAGCCAGCACCUCUGCAGACUCCGCGCUGAAGCUUCCUUUCAGCUUCGAGGUGAAAAGCAGGGCCAGCACCCUGAGCAGCACGACUAGCACCACUGCCUCCACCGCUCAGCCUUUCCUCUUUGGGGCCUCCCCGGCCGGUGCGGCCAGCUUUACUCCAUCCGUAACCUCCAUGUUCCAGUUCGACAAGUCCCCUGCCGUGCCCGCAAGCACGGCCGUCACCAGCUUUGGCCAGUCCCUUCCCAGCACCGCUCAGACAGCCGCCAGCAGCAGCAGCAGCAGCACUGCUGGCUUUGGUGGCUUUGGCAGCACCCUCACCGCCCUGGCCCCGGCCACCACCAGCCAGUCCACACUGACAUUCAGCCACACGACCACCCCAGCAUUCAACAUUCCCUUCGGCUCGGCCGCCAAGCCCCCUGUCCCCCCGCCACCGUACCCAGGGGCCAACCCCCAGCCCACGUUUGGGGCCACGGAUGGCCAGCAGCAGGGCUCUGCCGCGCCAGCCCUGCCCCCCGGCUUCGGCAGCUCCUUCACCUUUGGGAACUCUGCGGCCCCGGCCCCGGCCCCGGCCCCGCCUCCGCCUGCCUUUGGCAGCUCUGUGCACUCAGCUUUUGGCAGCUUGAGAGCUGCAGCCUCUGCGUUCGGCACCCCGGCCAGCACACAGCAAGCCUUUGGCAGCAGCACGGCCGUCUUCUCCUUCAGUGCGGUGACUACCGCGGGCUUCGGAGCUACCACGCAGACCGCCAGCAGCGGGACCAGUGGGGCUGUGUUCAGCAGCUCCGCGCCAUCCCCGUUCACCUUUGGGCCAUCGGGGGCCACGGCUGGCAGCAGUGGGGGCUUCAGGCUCGGGGUGGCUGCCCUGGGCACCAGCUCCACCUCUGGAGCCUUCAGCUUCGGAGCUGGACAGAGUGGGACCACAGGCGCCGGAGCCCCCUUUGGCGGGGCUCUCACUCAGAGCACCCUGGGCACGGCCAGCCAGAGCAUACCGUUCACCUUCAGCGCGGGCGCCGUGGCCGAGAGCAAGCCUGUGUUCGGAGGCACCGCCACACCCACCUUUGGACAGAGCACCCCGAACCCUGGCAUGGGCACAACGGGCAGCAGCCUUUCUUUCGGGACACCCUCAACACCCGCCCAGGGCUUCGCGGGAGUCACGCCUUUCGGAUCAGCGGCCCCUUCCUUUUCCAUUGGUGCGGGAUCCAAGACCCCAGGGGCUCGACAGCGACUGCAGGCCCGAAGGCAGCACACCAGAAAGAAAUAGCCUCUGUUGCUUGUCCCUGUUCCCCCAACCUCUCACCCACAUCUGGACCUCAGCACCUGCUAGGAAGAGCCUCUGCCCCUUCGAGUUCCGUACAGCAAACCUCGCCCAGAUCCCUGGCUUCAGCCUCCAGACAUACGGCAGCCCAGGGGCCCUCUCCCUCCAGAGGAAGCAGGUGGGAGGGGCCUGGGCAGAAGCCCGCUGCGUUACUUGAACAGUUGCUCUGGUGAGGCUGGAGAACUAAAGAAACAUCUGUACAUAACGUCCACUCCCCCGACUCGUUUAGUGCCCAGCUUAGCCAGGCGCCUCCUCCCACCUUCUCCCCGAGCGCCCUCUCGUGGAGGGUGCAGUGCACCCGCCUGGGUCUCCCAUGCUUUGGAUGGGUUGAGGAAAAUGGAUCUUCCCUAAGCUUUACCUGUUUGGCUUGGCUAUAAGAAGUGGUUCUCCUCCUCUGGUCCCUUUAGGGGACUCUCUUUCCUCAUUUCUUGCUGCUUUGUCCCUCACUGGUUCCCUGCAGGAUUUGCUCAUUUUUAAAUGACCUUGAACCUAGCUUUGCCUUGGAGACCCCAGUGGGUGCUGCUCCUGCUGUUCCACUUCCUCCUGCCAAGUCUGAGGUGGCUUCACCUCCAGUCCUCUGUCAGUUUGGCCCCUAAAAGCUUGGUGGCUCAAGACUGUUAGCCUGGCAGAGCCGGGGGUGAACCUUUCACUCCGAGCGCAGCUCCUGGAGCAGGCAGGAUGCUCCCCGCUUUCAGCUGCCUCCCUGCCCUCUGGCCUCCCGGCCUGCAUCUGCCUCUCUGGGAUCGCACGUCCCAAGCCUUGUCCUGUGUUACUGUCUGACGCUGUCUGUUGCUCUUUGAAUCGAGUUUGGAGGAAGAAUUGAAUUGUAUGUGUGGCGGCAUGUUGGUAGUGCCGGACCUAACUGUCUCAAGUCUUCUGGGCCUGGUUAAUGGAAUGUGGAAAGUGGCACCACUUGAUGGCCACAGUGCUGACUUCUGAAUUUUGCAAUGGUUUUGACUUUAAGGGCUGGCAGCCCGGGGGAUGGGGUCAGGGGACGCAAGACCUCCCCUCCACCGUUCUCCCGCUUACCUGGUCUCACUGCAGGCGAGACCACCCCGGCCAGGCAGGAGACCCAUGCUGUCGAAGCGCACGGUGCAGUCACAGUCGCCCCCAGCAGGGUCUCCUCCAGCCUGCUCCGCUCCCAGACCCCCCAGGCCCCAGCGCCUCGCUGCCACGCCCAUCCUCUUUGGGAGAAGUAUGAAUGCGUGUGUCUAAAUUAAAAGAAAAAUAUUUAAACAUUUUUUAACAAAAUAAAAAUUUAUUUUUGUAUUUAAGCUAAAUUGCCUUUUAAAUUCCUUCAAGCUUGGUUCAUUGAGGUGGUUAAGUAUAAACGCUAUGGACUAGAGAUUAGCCGUAUAGUUAAGUUAUGCCUGUGUGGAGAAGGGGCCCCCUCGCUCCCGAGGAACUGGAGCUCCUUCCGGAUUAUGUAAACUUAAUCCUCAUUUUAUAAAUAAUGUGACGUAGCUGUAACUAGUCCCCUCCCCCUUAGUGACUGAGGUUGAAUGUGGGAGGAGCGCAAGGCCCAGACCUGUCAGGGUGAGCGCGCCUGGCCUUGCAUCGGGGCCCCUGGCUGUGGGUGCUGAGCCAGCUACCGUGCUCCCGGGUGGGCCUGCAGCGUGAGCGAGGACGCGCAUGGCACAGGCACAGGAGGCUGGCGCUUCCCGUUACAGAUGAGAUUUGGUUUGUCGGGGCUAGUUGGCAUUUUUAGUAUGAAUGUGAGAUUUUUCUCUUUGCUUAUGUCAUGAGAAUAAACUGUGAUCCAUCAUA